CUGUUUACUUAGCCGGGAGGGGCUGGGUUUCAGGUUCACCUUGACUCCUGGAGGCACAGGGAGCAGGUAGCCCCGCUCCUGCACCUGUUUCUCCUGCACCUGCCGCACAGCUGCUCCGACCCAGCUCCCCUGGCCGAGCCGUGCCUGGCGCAGCACCCUGGCGGCACCCCCAGCUCCCCCAGGCUCCCCUCCGGGCAGCGCCUGCACUCAGCCCCUUCUCUAGGGAGGGGCUCACCUCGGCCUGCUGCAGCCAGGACUACAGAAGCCCCCCCUCCGCUCAGGGAGCACCAUGACCGAAGUGGGCUGGUGGAAGCUGACCUUCCUCCGGAAGAAGAAAUCCGCCCCCAAGGUGCUGUACGAGCUCCCGGACACCUAUGCCCAGACGGAGGGCAGCGCAGAGCCCCCGGGGCCUGAGGGCGGGGGUGCCCCCAGUGACUUUAACGCGCGCCUGGAGAAGAUUGUGGACAAGAACACGAAGGGCAAGCACGUCAAGGUCUCCAAUUCCGGCCGCUUCAAGGAGAAGAAGAAGGUGCGGGCCACCCUGGCGGAGAACCCCAGCCUCUUCGACGACAGGGAGGGCCAGGGACAGUGAAGGGGGCCCAGGAGGACGCUAGCACCUCCCUGCUGUCAGCUGGAUCUGAGCAAGGAGCUUGCCACGCUGGCCUCUUUGGCCGCAGCGGAAGCCCUGGGGGCAGCGGAUGCCUGCUGGCAGGAAAUGUCCGGUUUUAGGUUUGUAUUUAUGGGCCCCGGCUUUCUGGGAAGCCUGGGAGAUGCCAGGGUCCUCCCACCGCCCCCCACCACAUAUAAAGGCACUUCGGUUCAAGGAUGACAAGUGCCACCCAGGAAGGACAGCCCUCCUUGAGGCCGUGUCAGGGCGGGCAGGGAGGCGGACACGGAACAGAGAGAGGGAGCCUGAUGGACUUCACUUCCGCCCAGGGCACGGGGUCAAGGGUGAGUUUGACUUGCUGCUCCCUCUGCUGUCUCUACCCGUGACUGUUCCCUGGACCAAUCCUGAGAGUGCAUUUUCCAGAAGACAUGUGAUGGGGGAUCGUUUCCAGGAGCCAGAGGUGGGCUGAACUUGAGCUCACCUCCUAACACAAGUGGGAAACUUCUGGGAACUUUGCCCCCAGAUGUGCAGGGGGAGGAGGACCCUGGCACUCCCUGGAGGUGCUUCAGAAGGCCAGGUUAGGGACCCCAUGGGUCCAAGUUAGGGGGGGGGGGAAGCUGGUAGGACCUAACAGCAGCCAGUUCUUCCCUACCCGUAUUUAAGAUGGAUCAGCCCCAGAGAGGAGUCCUGGAGCCUUGAAUUUAAAAAAAAUAAUAAUUGUAGGUUUCUCCCUUUGUAAUAAACAAUGCUGCAAAAGCUGAGAAUCAAUCUACACGCUCGUCUUCCAUUCAUUGAGAGGACAGUGUUUUAGGCCUUUGUUUCCCUUCAUGUUAAGUGGAACCUGGUGCUCAAAUCGCUCCUCUCACAUUUCACACAGGGUCCCAGGUGUCGGGAUGUAGGGACUGGGACACUGAUUUCACCCUCAAGCCACCCUUCGCCCUGGGGGGUAGAGAGGACAUAGGAAGGAGCUGGCGGCGCCCCCGUGGUCAGUCCCUCUGGUCCACAGAGGCCAGCAGGGGCUGCAGGAGAACAAAGCAGACCUCUGGGGACUGACCCAGAGUCGCAGUGGUUUGGUUUGGGAUCAAGAUUCAAAUUCUGGUCCCGCCCCUCAGCAGCUGUGUGAUUGGGGGAACAUUAAAAAAAACCACCUCCGCUGAACCCUGGCCGGGUAGCUCAGUUGAUUAGAGCAUCGUCCCAACACGCUGCUGGUUCCAUCCCCAGUCAGGGCACACAGAAUGAAUGCAUAAGUAAGUGGAACAACAAAUCAAUG